AUGGCGUCACGACGACUCGAACUAUCCCUCUCCGGCCUCGCCCGUCGACCUCUAACAUGUUUAUUCUGCGAAUCUCGACGAUCCUUCACCACCUCCGUUCUUCGGCUAGCGAGGACUGAAAAGCCAGGUGCUGGCGCAUCGCUAGAUCCUCAAGCAACUGUUGCCAAGCCAAUCGAAGCCCCUCGAAGCUAUGGAAAACGACAACAGGGCCACUUCGUACCCAAACCUCUCCCUCGACCGAUUGGCAUGCCUCUACCGCCCAAGGCUGGAGAGAAUACAGGCAUUGAUAGUCGCUCAUUGAAGCAACGUCGUGAGGACUUUGUCAACUACGAUAAGCACUUACAACGGCGAAAGGAGCUAACAGCAAAGAUAUCACGACCAUAUUUCCGAGACUGGGGUAACCUUCAAUACCACGAGGGUAAAUCCUUCAUCGCCCCUCCACGCCUCUUUAAAGCAGAACUCUCCCUGUUCUUCCCCAACUUUUACGGCGAAACCCUCUUAAAGACGGACAGAAACCCGCGCGAUACGACACCACUUCUCAGCGGCAAGGCUACAGUUAUCAAUUUCUUCAGCAGUCGCUGGGCUGAGCAGCAGGUCGGGACUUUUACUUCCAAGGAGGAAAACCCGGCGUUACAUCAAGUGUUGGCACAGCACGCCGAAACCACGCAGCUUGUCAAUAUCAACUACGAGGAUAAUGCUGGAAAGGCCUGGCUGAUUCGGUUCUUUAUGGGAUCUCUGCGAAAGCAAUUCCCCGAAAAGGACUGGGACAAGUACUUCCUGGUACGACGUGGUGUCACUGACGACAUUCGAGAGUCCAUUGGCCUGCUCAACAGCAAGGUCGGAUACGUCUUCCUCGUCGACAAGUACUGCCGUGUUCGGUGGGCAGGCAGUGGAACAGCCCAUCCAGUCGAGACAGAGGGCCUUGCCAAGGGUCUCUCACGUUUAGUGGACGAGAUGGAUCACGAAGCUACCUUGCCGGCCACAGCAAAGGAGCAACACCCAGGUAAACAACAUCUUGAGGUGCCAAAAAUCUUGUAA